CAUUUUCUUUCUUUUCUUAGGGCUAACUUGCGCCUGGUGCAGUCGCUCUGGCAAAGACCUUUCUCCUCAUCAUCAAAGCCGUGCCUACUUCUCCUUAUAUUCAUCGCGUUUGUUCUUGAAUCCCUCUGUAUUCUCAUAAGAGUUGUUAGAGAGAGAGCGUGUGUGAGUGAGAAAGUAGAUAGAGAAAGAGAAUGUUCCAUCCAAAGAAGCCUUCAACUAUGAAUUCUCAUGAAAGGCCCAUGUGCGUUCAAGGAGACUCGGGUCUCGUCCUCACUACUGAUCCAAAGCCUCGUCUCCGGUGGACAGUCGAACUCCAUGAACGAUUUGUCGACGCUGUUACACAGCUUGGAGGCCCAGAUAAGGCUACACCAAAGACCAUCAUGAGAGUUAUGGGUGUUAAGGGUCUUACUCUAUACCAUCUCAAGAGCCAUCUUCAGAAAUUUAGGCUGGGAAAGCAGCCUCACAAGGAAUACAAUGAUCAUUCCUUUAAAGAUGGUGAGAGGGCUUCGUCUUUAGAACUUCAACGAAACAAUGCAUCAUCUUCUGGAACGAUGGGCCGUAGCAUGAACGAUAAUGUUGAAAUCACUGAUGCAAUUAGGAUGCACAUGGAAGUGAAUAGAAGACUCCAUGAACAAUUAGAGGUUCAAAGACACCUUCAAUUGAGAAUCGAAGCACAAGGAAAGUAUAUGCAGACUAUUUUGGAGAAAGCUUGCCAGACUCUAGCAGGCGAAAACAUGGCAGCUUCAGGGAUGAAGUUUCAGGCGCAGGGAAUGCCAGAAAUUUCAGGCGUGAAGGAUUUUGGACCGAUGAAUUUUCUCUCUCUUCAAGAUCUCAACAUAUAUGGAAGUGAUCAACUUGAACUUAAUCAAAGCAUGGACAGAUCAUCCAUUGAUGGAUUCUUACCGAAUAACGAGAACUUCCUUAUGGGCAACAAAAAAAGGCCCAAUCCAUAUAAUAACAGUAAUGGGAAGAGCCCUUUAAUCUGGUCUGAUGUCAAAAGGAUUCAAGAAUUGGGUACAGCAGCAGCGUCAUCUCUUGGUUCAGAGGAUGAACCACUGUCUUCUGAUCAUAGAGGGAAUGACCUUGAUUCAGUUUCAGAUAUUUAUGAAACAAAACCAAUUCUUUCUGGGGAGGCGACGGGGGAGAAGAAAUUUGAUACGGCGGCGAAGAUGGAGCGGCCCUCGCCGCGUAGGGCAGCGUUUUCAAAUGAGAGGAUGAACACUGCCAUCAGUGCUGGUGGAAUGCCACAAGGGAGAAGCUUACCAUUUGGGUGAAUUAUUCCACAUCAUGGAUACUGAUAAUUAAGAGUAAGGUUUAGGGUUUUCGAUCUUAGCGUUUGGAAGUUCAUUACUAACUUAUGCCUACCAUAAUCUGUAUAAUUAAUGCUUUAGUGUCAGAUUUUGAGCUGAUAAUCUUGCAUUUGAGCAAAUAUAUCAUCAUGUUACUCUUGUUAAUUAAUAUGUUACUACACGUUCUGCUUUA